GCGUCAGCUCAAGAAGUUGCUGCGCGUAGAUCCGCAGCCCUUUGGCCCAAGGCCCCGCUUGCUCGAGCGUGCCGGCCCCGAGCUCCUAGUCGCACCUGGCUGCCGGCGUCGCUUCACAUGGUGCUGGCUGCAGCAGGCCGCAGUUCGGUCGCCGGCUACAGCCUCCGGGGUGGCGGCCACGACCACGACAGCCGCAACCGGGCCUUUCUCCAGAAGCUGGAGGACCGAAACAGGCUACAGAGGCAGCUGCGGGAGGCCGAGGAGAGGCAGCGGUCGGAGCAGAUGAGGCGCGAGCAGGGCUUCUCCUGCUGCUUCUCGGGCGCCAACGUGGGCCACAGGUUCGGGCCGUCCUUCGCGGGGGGCGGCUCCAGACCUGCUGGCAGCUCGCUCGGCGGCCUCCGCGUUGCGGGCUCCUCGGCGCGCAGCCGCAGCGAGGGGCCUCCCGGCGAGCCCUGGAGGCAGUGGGAGGAGCGCACCGUGCAGCUGCUGGGGGCAGAUGGCGAGGUCUACGGCAUCAGGCCCAGCGGCGAGCGCGUCCAGGCGGCCCCUGGCCCCUGCGAGAGCACCGCCGCCGACGGCGACGGGGGCGGCCACGACAGGAGCCCGUCUGGCCCGAGCGUGGCCACGACCAGCCUCCUGGAGGCGCUCGCCAGCGUCGUCGAGGGCGGCGCGGACCCGCACGUGGAGCGCGGCGAGGUCGACGGCGACCGCGCCAUGUGCAGCACGCUGCGAGAGCACGAGCUGGCGCGCGCCGCCGCGGACGCCGCGGACCCGCCCGGCGAGCGCCCCGAGGGCGGCGCCGACGCCGUGUGCAGCACGCUGCGCGGGCACGAGCUGGUCGAACUGGUGCGCGCCGCCGUGGACGGCGCGGACCCCCCCGGCGAGCUUGGGGAGGGCGGAGGCGCCGACGCCGUGGGCGGCACGCUGCGAGGCCUCGCCGACGCUGCGCCGCUGCCGGGCGGGCCCGAGGCAGUCCGAGCCGCUGCGGCGCGGUGUGCGGAGGGCCAGGGCGCGGACGGCACCGCGCGCGGCGAGGCCUUGCUGGGCAGCCCGGCGGUGGGGCCUCUGCGCCUGCAGGACCUCGGACCCCCCGGCGGCCGAGUUGGAGCUUCCACGCCUGGAGGACUUCGAGUUUUUGGGCCGACGGCCUCCUGUCACCGAGCCGGGCGCCGCCGGCGGGGUGGCCGCCGCCACCGCCGCCCAGCCUGGGGGCGCCCCGCCACGCCCUCUGACGGGGGCGCGGCCGCCGGCUUCGGGGGCGCCCGCGGCGGAGGCGGGGUCGGCGGGCCCCUGCGGCCCGUCGGAGCUGGCAGCCCGUAUCGCCCGGCUGCCGGCCGAUUGGCGCCGGCGGCUGGAGGCCCUGCUGGAGGAGAGGCCGAGCGCUGCGGGCCUGCCGCCGGGCCCGGGGGGGGCGACCUCCCCUGACCUGCGGCGGAGGCGGCGGGCUCGCGGAAGCCCCGGCGUUCUCCUCACCCUACACACCUCAAUCUGGUUUCACCUCCGCUGUAAGAAAAGCUCGCGCAAGUGUACGUGGCGCGCCCGAAUAUUGUUUCACCUCCGCCGUAAGGACGUUUCGCGUGAGUGUACUUGGCACGGUAGUCGUCUCGAGGAGUCGCCUGUACAGCCUGCGCAUUGGAGGCACACUUGCCAGCAGACUUGGAAAAGAUCCAGACGGAAGUACGACGCUCCCC